AAGAGGGCAAUGGCAGGAUGCGCAAUGAAUUUUCAGUUCUCGAGUGUUGUAAAAUUGAGAAACGAGAUGUCUUCGCUGAGGAUUUGCAAUCGAGACUUUGUGUUUGGAGGUUUGGUUAAGGCAAUGAAAGUGCCCGUUUUGCGGAUUAGUGGUGUUUCGGGUAAGCAAAGGUCGUGGCUUUUGAUGGUUAAUAUGUCUCAGUCUCCCGUUGAGCCCCGAUCUAGUGUUGCGGCUACUGAGCAAACGAAAGUAGGAGAAGAAGGUGGUAUCGUUUUAGGGAAAGCAGACAGUGUAAGAAGCUUGGGAGCUGAUGAACCGGCGAAACUCGAGAGUGGUGGUAAUGUUGGGGAUGGGUUUAAUGGUAGUGACGGUAAUGGUGGGUUUAAUAACGGUGGUGGUGGAGGCGGAGAUGGAGGAGAGGGUGAUGGAGAAGACUAUGAAGAAAAAGAGUUUGGACCCAUUUUGAAAUUCGAAGAGGUCAUGAGGGAGACGGAAGCUCGAGGAGCCACGCUUCCAUCUGAUAUGUUAGAGGCUGCUAAGACCUUUGGCAUCCGCAAGUUGCUUCUCCUUAGGUACUUGGAUUUGCAGAGCUCUGCUGGGCUGCUUGGGUUUGCUAUAAGAUCAUGGUCUAUGCUUCGCAACAGAAUGUUGGCUGAUCCAUCUUUCCUCUUCAAAAUAGGAACUGAGAUAGUCAUUGAUUCUUGCUGUGCAACUGUUGCUGAAGUUCAAAAGAGAGGGAAAGAUUUCUGGGCCGAGUUUGAGUUGUAUGUUGCUGAUCUUUUGGUCGGAGUUGUGGUUAACGUUGCUCUGGUCGGUAUGUUGGCGCCUUUUGUCCGUUUUGGUCAGCCUUCCGCAUCAAGUGGCUUCUUAGGAGGCAUGCUUAAUGCUUAUAAUGCGCUUCCAAGCAGCGUGUUUGAAGCUGAAAGACCAGGAGUUAGAUUUUCCGCACAACAGAGACUUGCUACAUACUUCUACAAGGGUAUAAUGUAUGGUGCAGUUGGGUUUGGAUGUGGCAUCGUAGGUCAAGGCAUUGCUAAUCUGAUCAUGACUGCUAAACGGAGCAUAAAUAAGUCAGAAGAAGACAUCCCUGUACCACCUCUCAUUAAGAGCGCUGCUCUCUGGGGUGUAUUCUUGAGUGUAUCUUCGAACACUCGUUAUCAGAUCAUCAAUGGUUUAGAGAGAGUGGUGGAAGCAUCUCCUUUCGCCAAGAAAGUGCCUCCUGCGGCUUUGGCCUUUACCGUUGGUGUAAGGUUUGCUAAUAACAUCUACGGUGGAAUGCAGUUUGUGGACUGGGCAAGAUUGAGUGGUUGUCAGUGA